GGCCAUGGCGAAGCCGGAGGCUCUGGGGGCUGCCGGCGGCCGCCGUGGGGAAUCCCCGGGAGAGGCGACCAUGGGUGUGUCCGGAGGAAUCACGGUCGAGACAGACGCCGGGCCGCCCUCCAGCGUAGUCCCGUUUCACGGUUCUGGGCCCUCCCUGCACCCCGGGGGAAUCGUAACUCGCAGUCCUGAAUCUAGCCGGCCCUCCGGGGGCGUAGCAGUCCUCGGUUCCGGACCCAACCAGCACCCUGGGGAGGUUGCGAACCUCGGCACUGGGUCCGGCCCGUACCCAAGCGGAUUACAUGGCCCCUUCCCUGAAACUAGAGUAUCCGGGACCUACAGGCUCGGGUCCGAGGGGUCUGGGGCGUACAACUCCGGACGCAGUCCGCGCUCCAAGUCAACUUGCUUGCACUCCCACAAACCUUGUGAGGACCGGCCCCGGAGCAUCCUAAAAAGCAACGGCUCCGUCUUGAUGCAGAAAUCCCCCAUUGCGGAGAAGAACAAGUCUCAGCGGUGGGACGAAAUGAAUAUCCUAGUCACCUACCACCCUGCUGACAAGGACUAUGGAUUUAUGAAGGUGGAUGAACCCAGCACUCCCUACCACAGGCUGCAGGACAGUGAUAAGGACCUGCCUGGGGCAUCCUCUUCUUCAGUGACUCUGGAGGUGCUGGCCAAGAGGUUGGCAAAAAUGGCCAAUCUCUAUCCCAAGGUCCUCCGGUAUGGUGAUACCAGAAGUUUGGGAGCUCCAGACCACUUUUCCAAGACACGUGAGAUGAGGGGUGGGGAUUGAGCGGAAAGGGGAGGCAGAGUGAACCGUCAGCGAGAGCCUGGCCGGAAAGCCAAGCUGUUUGCAAUGGCCCACAAACUCCAGUGACUUCGUAAACCGCCGAAAGACACAUUACGAUGAAGGAAAGGUCUUCGAGACUCAGAAGAGUUUUUCCUUCGAUGAUAAUAAGCACAACAACAAAGCCGGCCGUGCCACUACGGGCAGUGGCGGUCGGGGCAUGACGCUGGACCCAGAGCCCAGGCCUGUGGAGAGAGGCUGGACAGGAGAACUGGCCAGAGGAGUCAACGAUGAGAUUGGCCUGGUCACCGGGAACCACAUCCGAGAAGCCAAGGGUUAGCUAUGGUGGAGCCCCAGGGAUUUGUGGGAAUUGUAGUCCAGAGUCUUUGCCAUGCCCUAUCUUUCUCAGGGGCCAUUGGCCCAGGGCCUUGCUGCCUGGGAGGGAGGUAAUGGCAGGUGACCCCCAGGGAAGA